UAAAAAGGACAUGCAUUGGUAUCUAUGCCAUUUGCUUUUGAGUUGAUGGAGUAUACUAUCUUUAUCUUCUUGACCAGGAAAGGACAUUCAUGAGCAGAUUGUUUUGAAACGCGCAUUAUUCAUUAAUAUCACCUGAUCAUGAUAUAAUCAGCUAAGAAACCUGCAAGGGAAAAAUACCAGCUAGUACUGAGCUACUUGUUCAUCAAUGGCACUUGUUAGAGCUCAAGAAGCCUCCUCUUCAGAUACUUGUAGUUGCAGUUAUCAUGUGUUCUUGAGUUUCAGAGGUGAAGACACUCGCAAAACUUUUACUGACCACAUCUAUACAGCCUUUGUCAACGCAGGGCUUCAAACUUUCCGAGACGACGAUGAACUUGAGAGAGGGGAAGAUAUCAAGCUAGAGCUGGAGAAAGCAAUCCAACACUCACGAAGUUCUGUCAUUGUGUUUUCGAAAGACUACGCGUCUUCCACAUGGUGCCUUGACGAGCUUGUGAUGAUCCUGCAACGCAAGAGGACCUCUGAUCAUGUAGUUUUACCAGUCUUCUACGACAUCGAUCCAUCUGAGGUGAGGAAGCAGACUGGAACCUUUGCAAAAGCAUUUGCUGGACACCAAAAAAAUCGAUCUCUGAACAAGGACAAGGUGAAGAGAUGGAGGGAAGCACUUGCAGAAGUUGCAGAUCUUGCAGGCAUGGUCUUACAAAAUGAAUGUGAUGGGCAUGAGGCAAAGUUUAUCAAGAAAAUUGUUAAAGUGAUUGAAGGCAAGCUAAGCCGCACAUCAUUGAGUGUUGCCCCUUACCUAAUUGGAAUCGAUUCUCGAGUCAAAGAGAUUAAUUUAUGGUUACAAGAUGGAUCAUCUGAUGUUGAGAUAUUUGUGAUUUAUGGGAUAGGUGGAAUAGGGAAGACAACCAUUGCACAAGUUGUUUAUAAUUCAAAUUUUUCAAGAUUUGAAGGAAGAAGUUUCCUUGAAAAUAUCAGGGAGACUUCAGAAGGUCCCAAUGGUCUGGUUCAAAUGCAAGUACAACUUCUCUCUGAUAUUUUGGGUGGAAGAACAAUAAAGAUACGUAGUGUUAGUGAGGGAAUAAUUAAGAUUAAGGAUGUUAUAAGCUGUAAAAAAGUUCUUCUUGUCCUUGAUGAUGUGGAUCAUAUGAACCAAUUAGAUGCAGUACUUCGAAUGCGAAAAUGGUUUUAUCCAGGAAGUAAAAUUAUUAUAACAACUAGGUGUGUGGGGCUGUUGAAGGCUCAUCAAGAUGUUAAGGUGCAUAAUGUUGAAACCUUAAAUCAUGUUGAAUCAUUGGAGCUCUUUAGUUGCCACGCUUUCGGACAGAACUAUCCAGUUGAAGGUUAUGUGAAACUUUCGGAAAAGGUAGUAAACCACAGCGGAGGACUUCCAUUAGCUCUUAAAAUUUUGGGCUCUUCAUUAUCAGGGCAGAGUGUAGAUGUAUGGGAAAGUGCAUUAAAGAAAUUGGAAGUUAUUCCAAAUGGUGACAUUGUGAAUAAGCUCAGAAUAAGCUACGACUCUUUACAAGACGACCAUGACCAACAAUUAUUCCUCCAUAUUGCAUGUUUCUUCAUUGGAAAUGAGAAAGAUGUCACAGUGAAAAUACUAGAUGGAUGUGAUUUCUUUACAAUUGUUGGCAUUCAAAAUCUCAUCGAUCGGUGUUUGUUAACAAUUGAUGAAUAUAAUAAGGUGAAGAUGCAUCAAAUGAUUCGUGACAUGGGAAGAGAAAUUGUUCGCCUAGAAUCAAAGGAGCUGGAGAAACGUAGUAGAUUAUGGCAUCAUAAGGAUUCUCUCAGUGUAUUGAGAGAAAAGAAUGGUUCAAAGAAAGUUGAAGGUCUUGCCCUUAAUCUGCACCCUGUAGACACUCCUUUGAGAAAAUCAAAUAUGGUAGUCUUCGAAACUAAUGCAUUUAGAAGGAUGGUUAAACUAAAACUACUCCAGCUUAGUUUUGUACAGCUCAAUGGAUGUUAUGAAGAAUUUCCUAAAGGACUGAGAUGGUUGUAUUGGCUUAAAUUCCCUUUAGACUCUAUACCCAGUGACUUUCUUUUGGAGAGCUUGGUUGUUCUUGAAAUGCCCUAUAGUAGCUUAAGACAAAUCUGGAAGGGAACAAAGCAUCUUCCAUCAUUAAAGAUCCUUGAUCUCAGCAAUUCCCAUGAGCUCACUGAAACCGGGGACUUCUCAUUGGUCCCCAAUCUAGAGAGAUUGAUUCUUGAAGAUUGUGCAAGCUUGGUUGACGUCCAUGAAUCCAUUGGAAGCCUAGAGAAACUUGUUUACUUGAAUAUGAAAGAUUGCAAAAAUAUUAGGAAGCUUCCAAAUAGCAGUUCUAUGCUAAAAUCACUUGAAACACUUAUUAUAUCUGGUUGCUCAAGCCUUAAUGAGUUUCCUGUGGAGAUGGGGAAGAUGGAAUCUCUUAAAGUGUUUCUAGCCGACGAAGUUCCAAUAAGUCGAUUACACACUACCACUUUACCCUGCACUUUAGUUGUUCUAAGUGUUACAGACUGCAAUCUUUCUGAUGAUUCUUUUCCAAGAGAUUUUGGUAGCUUACCCUCAUUGCAGAGAUUAGAUCUAAGUAGCAAUCCACUUUGUAGGCUGCCAGAUUGCAUCAGAGGCCUUACAGGGCUCGAUCACCUUGCAUUUUCCCAAUGUACAAAGCUCAAAUCGCUUGAGGGGCUACCAAGAGUAAAAGAAUUGGUUACACUCCAUUCUGAGUCAUUGGAGAAAAUAACAUUUAAAUCAAUUUCAUGCCUACCAAAGAGUAUGAUGUAUGGUUACAACUCCAAACUUGCUGAGAUUGAGUACUGGUACAAGUUAGAGCAAAUAGAAACAGUGGAUGCAGAAAUGAUAAAACUUUUGGGCUUGUGUAACUUGGAAUCCAUGAAAGCCAUUAGAAAGCCAUUAGGA